CCGUGACAAGACCUGUCCUCGUGAGUGAAAGCCGGAGAGCGUGUCGCGAAUGACGUGAUGCCAGGGCACGACCCAUCGGGAUCAAUCGGCCCGACAGCAGGCAGCUUCCCCGCCAGAGUCCCCUCCAUAGCAGCAGGUACAAACAACUUAACGGCGCCAACUUACGCUCCACAUAGGCCCCCAUACACCCCGAAUACUAUUCACAGACAUGGCAUACAACUUUGUGAGAUCGUACAUAGACACCUUCCGCGAGCGAACUGCAGCUAUCAGCCACACGUCGACCUUCCGUGAGACUGGUCAGAUAACGCCGGAGGAGUUUGUCCUCGCGGGAGACUUCCUCGUCUUCAAGUUCCCUUCGUGGCAGUGGGCAGAUGCCUCUUCACCGUCAAAACGCGUAUCAUACCUCCCCGAAGGAAAGCAGUUCCUCGUAACGCGAGGCGUGCCAUGCAACCGCCGCCUUGACGACAACUUCGCUGGAGAAGCUGGCCAGGACGAGACUAUUGUUCGGGAUGGCUUUGCAGCCGGCGAGGGAGACGCUGAUGAUGACGGCUGGCUGAGAACCGGCGGCAUGGGCGCCAGCCAAGAGGCGAAAGUGCGAGAUGUGCGGACGGUGGACGAGAGCGGAAACCUCGGCGCUCCGGAUGAGGAGGACGAGAUCCCAGAUAUGGAAGACGAUGACGACGACGAGGAGGCUAUUAUCCGGGAGCCACAGGGCGGUUCUAACACCUCAGCGCCUAUGCGAACAUACACCCUCUACAUAUGCUAUUCCGCCCACUACCGAACACCACGCCUAUACCUCUCAGGCUACGGGUCGACAUCCGUGCCGCUAAGGCCACAAGAAAUGAUGGAGGACAUAGUCGGAGACUACAAGGACAAAACCGUCACAAUCGAGGACUUUCCCUUCUUUGAGCACGCCCUCAAGACUGCUUCAGUACAUCCUUGCAAACACGCCUCAGUCAUGAAAGUACUCCUCGAUCGCGCAGAUGCAGCCCUAAAACUGCGGCUUGCCAAGCUCAAAGCUGGCAAAGACGUCGGCAAGGUAGACAGCGGAAUGGAAGGCCUCGUCGACGACACCAAGCUGCUGAAGCUGACGGAGCGGGCGAAGAACGGGGAUGGCGACGACAGCAAGGAUGACUGGGAAGUCCUCGAUGAAGGCAGCGAGGAUGAAGAAGUUGCCAUCCGGGUAGAUCAGUAUCUCGUCGUCUUCCUGAAGUUCAUGGCCAGCGUCACGCCCGGCAUAGAACACGAUUUUACGAUGGGUGUCUAGUUCACCUUCGCUCCUGUACCGGUUUUGGGAUUUCUCCCCUUUGAGGGAUUUGGCGUUUGACCGGACUCAAGGAAUCAUAUUGGGCAUUACGGAUAGCGGGCGCUUGCACGGAUAUGGUGUGACAUCGUAUUUCUAGGUUUAGCUAGGCAGUAGAAUGCAACGGAGGGCUAUCAUCGUCCAAUGCGAGGGCAAUCCGC